ACCAUCAAAGAGGGACACUAGCAGUCUACAUACAAUCAGACCUCAAUUGUAAUUUUUAAAACCCUAACCCUAGCUCCGAUAAACAGAAUGCAGAAACAGCCACCGCACACGGCGGAUUCCGGCAUCCCAAACCUCGCGAACAUCAAAAUCAAGUGUUCAUCACCACGUUUUCCACCACCGACCACUCCUUCCGCCACCGACACUCCUACCGCCGGUGCGCAGCGCAAAAUUGGAAUCGCCGUUGAUCUUAGUGACGAAUCUGCCUUCGCCGUCAAGUGGGCUGUCCACCACUACCUCCGUCCUGGUGACGCAGUUAUCCUUCUCCACGUCCGCCCUACCUCCGUACUCUACGGUGCUGAUUGGGGUUCUGUUGAUCUCUCCAUCGUCGAUACUGAUAACAUAGAGUCUCAGAAGAAGCUUGAAGAUGAUUUUGAUGCGUUUACUUCUGCUAAGUCUGCUGAUUUGGCUCAGCCACUUGUUGAGGCACAAAUUCCGUACAAAAUUCAUAUUGUGAAGGAUCAUGAUAUGAAGGAAAGGCUGUGUCUUGAGGUUGAGAGGCUAGGAUUGAGUGCAGUUAUCAUGGGUAGUCGAGGAUUCGGGGCUACCAAGAGAGGAAAUGAUGGGAGGCUUGGAAGUGUUAGUGAUUACUGUGUUAGGCAUUGUGUUUGCCCUGUUGUGGUUGUGAGGUAUCCUGAUGAGAAGGAUGGUGGAAAUGCUGCUCGUAAGCGUGGAGUUUCUGUGGCAUCUGCCUCAAAAGAACAUGAGGAGGAAGGCGAGUACCAUGAUGCUUGUGAUGAUCGUCAAGGAUCACAACCAGCCAUAGGAAAAGGCUCGAGAACUGACAAUUGACUUAGAGUUGCUUAAGAAGUCCUUUGAAGAGACAAUGAGCGGAAG